UGCUCAAGACCUAGUUUAAUAUUGUACAGCAGUGAGUUAUUAUAAAACAUACAGCUUUUGUACACACUGAGGCCCCGACACUCUUCAAAAUGGCAAAGCGAACAGGGCGACAGAAGACCCAGCUCCCAACAUGUUAUUAUGAGGGAUACCUGGAGAAGAGGUCCUUCAAAGAUAAGACAUCUCGGAAACUGUGGACCUGUCUAUGUGGAAACACACUUUUCUUCUUCAAUGACAAAAGAGACAGUGAUUACGUAGAGAAAGUAGAACUCAGUGGAUUGAUCUCAAUAACAGACGACUGCAGUGUUGAUCGUAACUUAGAUGCCGCCAGACUAAACCUUCAGACAAAAGAAGGAAAUAUCAAAUUCACCGCUCCCACUGCAGAGGCUCGUGAGCUGUGGAAGGGUUUUAUCCACUCUGUAGCUCAGCUGUCUGUACCCUCCUCCCUCAACCUGUUGCCAGGACAGAUCCAUAUGCUAAAAGAAGCGGUGGAUAAAGAAAAGGAGAGGCUGUACAGCACUACCCCACCAGCUGUACCUGCCACCCCCUCCACCAGUGCCUCCACCAGCACCUCCACCAGCACCUCCACCAGCCCCUCCACCUCCACCAGCCCCUACGUCAGCCUCCUGGCAGACAUGCCUGUCUGUUAUCAUAAAGUGACCCGUCUGGAGGCCGAGCUACUGCUGGACCGAGAGGUGGCGCGAGGAAACCUGCUGCUGAGGCCUGGGAGGAAUGGGAACUCCUACGCCGUCACCACCAGACAAGACCUGAACGGCCCAGUUUUCAAACAUUACCGUGUGACCCGUAGACAUGAAGGCGGCUUCCUCAUUGACGUGGAAAACCCUGUUCCUUGCACCACACUGCACGAUGUCGUUAACUAUUUAGUGGAACAAACUGAAGGAGUUCUGAUUCCUCUCGUCUUUGAAGAAGCGUAUGAAAAGAGUAUCUCGUUUAUUCAAUCUGACAGUGAAAAUGGAGAGAAAAGUGUUCAUCAAGCCCAGACAAAUCCUGUCCCACCAAGUGUUCCUCCCAAACCAGCGUCUCGAAGAAUACCAACCCCUGAGCCAGUUCCAGCCCCAGCAGAAGUUACUGAAGAGUGUGUGUAUCUGAAUGACAUGCCUCCAGCAGAGGAAGAAAAACAGGCAGAAGGCAACUCACCCGUCCCUCCACCAUUAGAGAAAAAGCCUCCAAAGAAAGCAAUCAUGCCUCCAGUUGCUCCUCUUCGCAAAACAAGCACUUGUACACCACCACCCUCCACUACCUCCUCCACAAGCAGCAGGGUGAGGGCCAACACAGACCCAAUGGGACAGGCAAUAUCAGAGCUGAAACUGAAGUUGGAAAAAAAAACUAAGAUUCAAGGCUGACCUCUGCUGGUGGGAGUUUGAAGACAACACUGUCAGUGGCUUCUUAUCAGCAGACGGACGCCUCCAGUCUGUCACCACCAGAUGAUCAACAUCUGAUCUUGACUCAGCAAGAGUAAGAUCUGGGACUUUGUGUUUACUCUGUUGUGCGACGCAUCAGAUGUGAGACGAGCUGUGUUUUCACUCACAGCCCACUCCCCCCUCCCUCUGCAGACAUCAGCGGGAAAAGUCUCUUGAAGAUAAAUGCCUUAUUGAUUCCCCCGUCUCGGACACUCAUUAAUACACUUGAUUAACACUCAUUAGUGUGUAAACAGGGUGUAUAUGUCACAUUAUCUUCAGCUUCAUCACGUUUCUCCUGUUUAUUUUGCACAUUUACCAUUGUUUUGGUGUAUCUCAAAUCAUACACCAGUGUUUUCUCAUUAUGUCCUUAUCUGUAAUUUUACACUUUGCACUGUGAUGUGUAUUUUUCAUGUCAUAUUUAUGUGUGCUGCUGUCUCUGAAGGACAGGCUACACCUACUUUAUGUGAGUGUACUGUGUAUACAUUUUUAAUGAAGUUAAACCUUUUAUUGUGAUUGCUUGCCAUGUGAGAUCAAAUGCAUGUGAACAAGCAACUUGAAGUAAGUGCUAUGCAAUAGUUCGAAAUCAAAUGCUUCUAUUUGAUGAUCUCUGUAUCCUGUCUAUUUUUCAGGUCUUUUUAUACAACAGAGAAAAGUGCUCUCACUCCUUUAUUACCUCAAUGACAGAUACAUUAUAGUGGAAAAAUUAAACUAUUUACAAUAAAUUGUGACUUUCUGUCAGCGUUUGAUAUAAAGCUAACACAAUUCUCAGCUGGACGACUCUUUAAAGCAUUGCAGGCUACAGGUGUUUAGGAGGUGCAUACAGAAGGAGCAGCAUGGCAAAGCAAGACUGUACCAUGGGUAAUAUGUGACAUACAAGCAUCCCAAAGGUGCACAAAGAAGAUUCUAACAUGAGUAAACUAUUCCCAGGUUGUUUUAUCGCUCAUAGAGGUGGACACCAAACACAAUGUCAUUUUAUAUUGGUUGGUGGAGGUUAUUUGUUACAAGUGGACCACAGACUGUGUCCGUUAUUUAUCAUGAGACCUCUCAUCAACAGACAAAGUGGUGUAACAGGAGGAGACACAAACAUAUUAUACAUACAAGCAUUAGGGUGCAGUCAGGUAAAUCAAAUGUUUACAGUACAGUCAUUUCCAAAAAUCCUGAAUCCAAAAGUCACUAGAACUCCACUAUAUGGAGUAACACUGAAGAAAACUCCCUCUAACUUUCAGUGCAGGCUGUUAGAUAAAGCCUAACAUCCAACUCAGUUCUAAUUUAAAACUAAACAGGGCCUCAGCUGGAGGCAAAAACAACCCUGUUACUCUCCCAAAGUGUGAUAUGACAAAUAGUGAAUACUGUUAAGAUUGCAUGCGUUGAUUCUUUGAAAAAGUUGAAUCAAAAGUAUAACACCUCUAAAAUGUGCUGAUCAUUCCUUUGCUGAUCGACUAUUUGCUGGCGAAUUACAGUAGAAUUAAUCCUGAUUAUGUGGUCGACUACAUUCUAUUCAGUAGCAUAGUCUAGGAGCAGGUUGUUAUUCAGAUUACAUUGGUUGAUCUAUUGUUGGCAGACUCAGUUGGUGAUAAAUGACACUACGUUAGCUAAGUUACAAUGGGGUUAUACUGACACCAACACAAUACUUUGCUUUAAAUUGAACUAGGGAGACCGUUUCCUGCAGUGAAACAUGUUGGCCUCAGUUUGGAAAUGAUAAGGAAGGCACAGGGAGAGAGCAGAGUUAGACAGCACAGGGCUGACCUUUCACCUGGCUGCACGACAGUAUGGCUGACAGAGUUAGAGAUGGACAUGGAUGACAGCGGCCAGCGCUAAAUGGAUGCUCUUUGCAGCAGUGGGACAGAGCUAAACGUGUGUGUAG